GUUGCAACACUACGUCACUACGCGUCUUCCUGCUCUCCAGCGCGACCUCGGGGAGUCCGGUCCUGAACGGCAACCGCUGCCCCCCGGCGAGAGAGGGACACUGCCACCUGCUACGUGACGGCGAUCGGCGAGCCUACUUGUCCUGUACCCCCCGACCGCAAGCGCUACGCUGGGAGGUGACCAAUGCAAACUUCAUGGCAGGCAAAGACGGGGAUCCCUCCCACCCCCCCGGCGGAGAAGACGAGCUGACAGCCGCAACCAUCAUCCAGGCACUCCAAGGGGAACUUCAAGGGUGCUUUGCAAAGGCCCAGCGCCAACUUGAUGAAACAACCCUCAAAGUGCUCCAUGAAGCCCGAGCCACCCAACGGAUCGAGGAAGUGGAGCUCGACCUCAACGACCAGGUGCGUCAGGCCCGCAGCUGCAUCCAGGCGCUUACAAUGAAGCGGGACAACUGUGAGGUUCAAAUGCUCGCCCACCCAGAGAGUAGGGAGCCGCUUUGUCAACCCAUCGGGCUCACCGGGGACAUUGGCAUCCCCCACCACACCGACUACUACAACCACGCCGACAAGACAAGGGCACCUGUGCCAGACGGAGGAUUUGCCAGGUUGGUCCAAGGCACCAUGGAGGAGCCGGCUUUCCUCAAAAACAAGAAGGAAGAUCUAGUCACCGAGAAGCCCCAGGAGGUGCACAACAACAACGCCUACUACCAGGCCUCCUCGGAGCCAACACUUCUUACUCCGCCACGGGUGGCUCAACUCGUCCGACCGGACGCCGAUGAGACGCAGCCACGGGGACUACAUGCAGAGCAAGACAUUUUCGAGGAAGCAACAUCCCCAGCCGAUGAGCAAACGGGGACCGACAACCACCUCCUGGACGGCAACAUGGUCGAGCAGACGGGGACCUACUUUCCCCACCAGGAAGAGGAAUCGGACUGGAACCGCGACAGCCAGGACGAGGCUUCAGACAUGGACGAGGCAGAGCGGAGUGGAGAGAACGCCGCAAACUACGCCGGCGAAUUGGGCUG